AUGUUCAGCACUUGGUACCAAAGCCACAUCCAACGAACUUUGGCCCGACAAGAUCAGAAUCCACCUCUGCGACCAGCACGGGGUCCAUCUACGCAACCUACCAUGGCAGGGACUCAAGGGAACAAAGAUGGCGACAUCAAGACCAAGUACGAGUCGGUAUUUGGACCUAAUAUAGGAUCAGUCAACAACGGUCCCGCUUGGACUCAAAUCAAGGAGAAGAAAGUACUAGUAGACGAGCUGACAGCUGACGUGGUCCAAGGAUGGAUAGAGAAGAGUAAAGAUACAACCCAACCGACUACCACCCUCCAAGCACUUGUCAAUCUUAAGCGACCGACUCUUCGACUUUCCCCCUUAGCACCGUCGAACGAAGCUACUGACGACAGUGGGGACAUUAAUCAUCACCACCACCAUCAUGGUCUUGAGUUUGAAUUCGACUGCGAUGCCCCAAAGUGUGGUAUCUAUGUGCAUGUUCACCUCCUGCCCGAACAUCCUGAGGCUACCGGUCCCUCUUCAACUCCGACCAAAAUCCUUGUCUACGAAAGUAUCGUAGAAGGCGGGUUUGGGAAGGCCCUCAAGAUUUCUGAUGGGGCCAUUUUAGAACUCGGGAGGUACGAUGUUGAGCAGGUUCAGGCUGAAUCAAAGUUGGCAGAACAAUCGGACACCGAUGCCGCGGACAAUACAAUACCUGCAGAAGGCGCUGUAGCAGCUACUUCCGAAAGCAACGCAAACUCUCGCCAUGCUCGCCGGCGUUUCACCAACUUUCACUUCCGCCGCCGCACCCAUGUUCAGAAUCGUAGUGUUGCGGGUCCGGCGCUCGCCGUAUUGGAUGCGGAACCUGCUGGUUCACCAGGGUCUAAUACCGCUGCUGAGGACGGGGAGAAGGACAAGAAGGACAAGGAACAAGAUAAGCAAGGUGCCCGUGUAACCAUUAGAUUGGCUGCGUUGGACGAACAAGGAGCCGAGCUUAGCUCUCCUAAUGAACAAGUCACAUACCUCCAUAUUUUUAGGUUCGGGGUCAAUCCAGCCCUUGCUGACGGUGCGGAUGCGGUAGAAGACACGCGGCCAUGGGUCGUUAAGGUCGUUAAACGAGAAGCGACGAUUGGUCCUCAUACAUUUCAACUCCACGAAAUAUUCGGUCUAUCGUCUUCGUCGAAGGCCUCUCACACCCCCGCUCCCACUGCCCCACUUCCAACUGCUUCUCCCGUAUCCCACACGUACCCACCAACUACCACUCCCUCCGCCACCACUCCUCCCGUUGAUGGGCACGAUGAAGAGGAUCCAUCUUCCGAGUGUUUAGUCUGUCUGUCUUCUCCACGGGAAGUCGUUCUCCUUCCUUGUCGACACCUUGUCGCGUGUAAAGAUUGUGCCGUAAACAUGGUCGAGUUUGGUGCCGGUGGAAAUAUCACUCAGACGGAGGAACCGGCAGCUGCUACCAAUGGAACAGAGGCAAAUGAUGACGGUAAUAAUCAAACCGGCGAGACGGCCGAAGUGGCUGGCGCCCAUGUUCCUCCUACACUUAUGACACCACCUCCGCCCGUCACUGCCCGUCGCAAGCGCAAGCCAAAAGGGUGGUUUUGUCCGGUGUGCCGACAACCGUAUACAUCACUACUUAGGCUAACGACCUCUCCUUUGCCUCCUCGGCUUCCGAGCACCGAGGAAGGGGAGAAUUCGACAAGCACUCAGCCGGCAACUGCCCCAGGAGAGACACCUCCUACUCGCCCUGGCUUCUCGUUCCGACCAUCUUUCUUGAGGACCUUCCCAAGAUCGCCACCGAUGGGAGACGUAGAAAACCAGAUUGGGCCUGUGCGAGCAUGA